AGAGGGCGCCAUAAAAUAUUUGAGCCGCGAUGGUCGAUCCUCUGCUGGCGAUGCAAUCCCGGAAGUUGGUGACGUUUCAGACAAAACAAAGAUGGCAGGAAUAGGAAACAGCAAUUAUUGGGAAGAUCUACGAAAGCAGGCUAGGCAGUUGGAGAAUGAACUGGACCUGAAGUUGGUCUCCUUCAGUAAGCUAUGUACCAGCUACAACACUUCAAGGGAUGGACGACGAGGAGAUACGUCUGACACCACACCAUUGCUAAAUAACUCCACUCAGGACAGGAUGUUUGACACCAUGUCAGUGGAGAUUGAGCAGCUGUUGGAUAAGCUGACUUCAGUAAAUGACAAGAUGGCAGAGUACACCAAUUCCCCGGGCACAACUUCUUUAAAUGCUGCACUCAUGCACACCCUCCAGAGGCACAGAGACAUCCUACAGGAUUACACACAUGAAUUCCACAAAACCAAAGGCAACUUCUUAGCCAUUCGAGAGCGUGAAGACCUAUUAGGAUCUGUCAGAAAGGACAUUGAAAUGUAUAAAAGUGGUUCUGGGGUGAACAACAGAAGAACAGAGCUGUUUCUGAAGGAACAUGAGCACUUAAGAAAUUCUGACCGACUGAUGGAUGACACAAUAAGCAUUGCCAUGGCAACCAAGGAGAAUAUGACAUCCCAAAGGGGCAUGCUGAAAUCCAUACAGAGCCGGGUGAACACGCUAGCCAACCGUUUCCCAGCCAUCAACAGUCUCAUCCAGCGAAUUAACCUCAGAAAGAGACGGGACUCCCUCAUCCUUGGCACUGUGAUUGGCAUCUGCACCGUUCUUCUCUUGCUCUAUGCUUUUCACUGAAUGUUUAAAAGGAGCGGAUAGAUGGGCUCAUUGUAGUAUAAGACUCCCUGGAAAGUGAUUCAGUGAUUGAGGAUCAUUGGGACUCCUUAACACGAGGAUGGAAGGUCUGUCCAACAAGAUCUGCUGAACUUCUAUCACGCUGUAGGACAGAUGGACAAUUUUUGAAUGGGUGGAUUAUUUACCCUAAUGAGGAAGAUAAAAUUGUAAUACUGUAUGUAAAACGUGUUUCAUAAUAACUCCCUUGAAGAGACAACAUGCAAAUAUCGGAACAUGCUUUUUACACAUUGAGGAGAUUUUUAUUUGAACGGUUCUUAUAUUUGGAAGCUUGAAAUGGGCUUUAAUGUGAGUCAAUAAAUUAUUCAUUUUCAUUUCAUGUAAAGAUUAAGUUGGGCUCAAAUUUAUGUCUGUGAAUUUCCCAAAAUAAAUUAUUUGAAAUGACAUUGACAGGCUUGAGCAAUUUGGAGUUUAACAUUUUUAAGGAAUUAUCUAAAAUCACAAAACUGAUAAAUUACCGGGCCAAUUAUACACAAAUGAAAUUUAUCAUCAGAGUUUGUCAGCAAAUUGCCCUUUUUUUCUUUCAAAUCACUAAAGUGAGCAUUUGUGUCAUCACUUGUUAUCAAAGUGAAGUAUAAGUGGAUGUUUUUUUCCCCCUCUAAAAUAGUGAAAUGCAUGAGGGCCACUUGUGCAAUGAUUAUUCUUUUAAGUUUCUAACUUUCAAUUAAGUUUCAAAUGAGUGUUUUGUUUUUGAAUGUCUCAAUAUUACACAUUAAAUUUUCACGCUUUUGUGACUGUUCAUAAUAUGAAAUGGUCAUUUUAAACAGCCAGGCACACUGCAAAAACACACCUCCUUAAAACUAGUUAAAUUCCCUUCUUAUCUGUGUAAUUCUACGAGAAAUCAGUGAAAUUAUCUGCCAAUGCUUCAAUUAAAUUUCUUGAAAUAAGAAAAAUAGCUAGCAGAAAAUAGGUUUAAGAGACUUAUUUUAAGCAAUAUAUUUAAUCUUCAAAAAGUUCAAAACAUUAUUUGAAAGCAAAUUCUUGAAUCAGGUGAAAAAUUACCAAUUUUUAGAUGUAUGGGUUUACUGUAAUUUUUGGGCUAUAAGGCGCACCGGACUAUAAGCUGCCACCCACCAAGUUUGAUGCGAAAACGGCAUUUGUUCAUAGAUAAGCCGCACUGGACUAUAAGCCGCAGCUGUCCUCACUGUAUUUUGGGAUAUUUACACCAAAAGAUAUUAACCAAUAACACUUUAUUUGACAGCGGCAUCAUAAGACUCAUAAGAACAAAUGAACCACCAUGAAGCUUUAAACCAGUUGUCUCCAAACUAUUCCACUUAGGGCCGCAGUGGGUGCAGGAUUUCACUCCAACAAAACAAGACCACACUUUUUCACCAAUCUGGUGUUUUAUAAGUGUAAUCAGUUGAUUGCAGUCAGGUGCUGCUUGUUUUAGUAGAAACCACAUUGGUUAAAAGAUCUGUGCUUGAUAGGUAUGAAGGAAAACCAGGACCCACAGCGGCCCUCGAGGACAGGUUUGGAGACCCCUGCUUUAAACUAUUUGGCUGCAAAGCUUCAUUGUUGCAAGAAGCUUCAUUUGGCCAUCACUGCUCCCUUGGGAGAGAAAGUCAACCAACCUCUGCUGCCACCUGCUGUCAACACUUGCUGUCCAAAAUGCAUUCCAGCAUGCAUUGCAGUGCUGCAGACGUAAAGAACAAUCAAAAUUCAUGUUCUGUGCUAAUUAUUUCUUCAGUUACUGUUCCAGUUGUUUCAGUAAAUACAAGUUACGGUAUUUAGUACAACUUUGACAGUGGCGUCACUAUGAGACUGUCGUAAGAUCUUCAUAAUUAUGACGCAGCCAUGAGAAUUGAUGAAUGCUUAUGACGGAUGUCAUUUUGUGUCAUCCAGAAAAUUAUCUUACUUUUGAAUGGAAUUAAAGUGUUGCUUAUUAACCCAAAUAAACAAGUCGCACUAGACUAUAAGCCGCAGGAUUCAAGGGGGAAAACUUGCUUCUUAUAGUCUGAAAAUUACGGUAAUAAGAAAAAAUAGUAAUAUUAAGUGGAAUAAUCUGACGCUUUAAUCUGUUAACUAGUCUUCAACACUCUAAAAAAAGAUAGAGAAAAUUAUUUGACUAGAAUU